AUCGGGUCCUCCCUCCCUCCCUCCCGUCCGGCGCCGGCGCGCAGCCCGCAGCCGCCACCGCCGUCCUCCGCCCCAGCCCGAAGUGCAUAGCCCCACCAAAACCAUCGCUCCAAAAGAUCCUCAAUCACCGAUGGGACUGUCUCCGUCUCUCCGGGACUCCAAGAAUCGCGGCAUCCGCCGGCCUUAGAAGCUAAUCGAUCGGUGAACGGCUGCAGCGGCGCCGCGGAGCUAGGAGCUCGCGCCCUCCGCUGGUACGCGCCGUUUCUCUCGCCUGCCGUCUCGUCCUCCGCGCCGCUCGCCGGUUGCCGAACUCCCGUCACCGCUCGCCGCCGCCGCCCAAAACCCCCGGUACCUCCCUAAUCCUUUCAAUCCCUCACCGACUCUCCUACCAGCUUCGCCAAUGUGCUCGAGUCUGCUGGUGGAUAUAUUGUCUCUUGAUCGAGGCAAUCAGCUCCAGUUGGAGGCCAUCUGAAACGCACUGGCCGUUAUUUGUCCAGCAGCGUCGACGCCCGCAGCCUGUUCGACGGAAUGCCUCCAGGCGAGAGCAAGGGAGAGGUGCCUCCGGCGGCUGGCUGCGACGGCAUUGAUGUCUGCCCGGACGAAGUUCUGCAGCACAUCCUCGGCUUCCUGGAGGCGCAGGAGUCCGUGCGGACAUGCGUGCUUACCCGCCGUUGGCGCCACCUCUGGAAGUCGGCCACGGGCCUGUGCGUUGUCGCCGACGAGGGCAAGUUCUUGGGGUCCGUGGAAAAGCUCUGCGACUUUGUGGACAGUCUACUGCGACACCGUGGAGGCUCGCCUCUCCAUACGUGCAAGCUCUGGUUCACUUCUUUCGGGCAGGCUAUGUCAGCUUGCUUAUACGAACACGACUACCGCUUGACGCGCCUUGUGAACACCUGGUUCUGGCAUGCUGUAAGGUGCCAGGUUCGGGUCCUCAGCCUCAAAGCAUAUGACACUGGUCGAUUCGUACAUCAACGCACCCUUGCUCUAGAUGACAGAACUAUCGACUCCCGGCACCUGAUGAGGCUAGAUCUUCACAGCGUAGUGGUCGGCAGGAGGUUCCUUAAUUUCUCCAACUGUCCGUCUUUGGAGCACCUAAAGUUGCAGAGCUGUUAUUUCGAGUCGGAGAAUGAUUCACGCCUUCACAUUUGUGCCCCAAGUCUGGUUUCACUUUCACUAAUUCUAGAUUACAUUUGGGCUCUAAUUCCCUCGCUUGAGAGCAUGGCAUCAUUACUGAAGGCUGCUGUAGCAACUGAGCAUUCUUUGGAAUUUUGUAACCUGGGCAAAAAUUGUAAUUGUGAGUUCUGUCACAAUUCUUAUAGUAUCGGUGAUGACACUGGCAGUAACGAUUGUGUGCUACUAAAAGGUUUAUCCGAAGCUAAGGAUUUGGCGUUGAUUUCUGGACCUGAAACGUUUAUUUUCAAGAGGGAUUUGAGAUGGUGUCCGAUGUUCAGUAAUUAAAGACCUUGUUGCUCAAUGACUACUGGUGUGUGCCUGACGACUUCCGUUCUCUGGUUUGUAUUCUUGAACACCCACCAGUUCUUGAGAAGCUGACUCUUGAACUUUUUUCCAAGAAGCAUAGACAACAAAGGGAAAGGAAAGGAAUUCUCAGACCAAUGGAGGUAUCAGCUGUGAUUUUGGAACACCUUAAGAUAAUCGAAGUCAGAUAUCAUGCUCUUGAUGAGAGGAUUCGUAAACUUACCUUAUUCUUGUGCGCGUUUCACAUAGGUUUCAGCUUUAACUAGACGUGCAAGAAAACUUGGGCUGUCGAUAGAUCUACUUUGCUGCCAUGCACUUAUGGAUCUGCCAUACCAGAUUAACCUACUACUUGCGUGAGGUGGUUCACUCAUAUAUACCCCUCCUACCAAUGGUGCUGUGAACAAAGUGGUAACGGACACCUUAAUUCUGUUUGUAAUAUAGCUUUGGCUUGUGGCUGUGGACACGCUAAUGUGGUAUGGUAUGUAACAUGACAUGAUAAAAUUCUAUGGUAUGUAACAUGACAUGAUAAAAUUCUAUGGGAUUCUCUUAUAU